AUGUUAGACGAUUAUUCUCAAAUGGAAAAAAAACCAAGUGGCCGUUCAGUUUUACCUGCAUCCAAAGCGGGAGGAACGGAAAGUAAAAAAAAUUCAGAUGCCAUCUCCAAACCAUUUGGUAAAUAUAACAGACGUCGUGAGCCAAUUGUUUACAAUAAUCCUAAAAAUGAGCCACCUAGAAAAUGCAAUUCAUCCAAAGGGGGAAAAUAUGCCGAUAAAAGACCUAAACCUCGCAACCAGUUUCUUAACUGUGGAAAGGAGGAUACCAAGGUAGUAAAUGAAAAAACAGCAGAAUAUGGGUCUGUUUUUGUUCCUGGUAGUAAGAAGCAGAAUUUAAAUCAUCUGCUUAAUUUUCAAUUCGCGCCCAGAGUAAUUAGCAGAAGCUCUACAAACUGGAGUCAGUUUACUUCACCAAACUGGUUUGCCACUCAAAAGCACAAAUACAAUAAAGAACACUUUUUGCAAGCCAACUGUCAAUUUGUUGUUAAAGAAGAUGCUGAUUACACUCCUCAUCUUGUAGAUCCUGAUUUACUUGUCGAGUGGAAUCAAAUUGAACAAAUUAGACUUCAGUGUAGUGCACUUGUUUCAUGUCCAAUUUGUUUAGAUACUCCAACAGCUGCUAAAAUCACUAGAUGUGGACAUGUUUAUUGUUGGUCUUGUAUUUUACAUUAUUUGGCUCUCUCUGAUAAAACUUGGAGAAAAUGUCCCAUUUGUUAUGAAGCCAUUCAUAAAAAUGAUUUAAAAAGUGUUGUUACAUUGGCAUAUCCAGUUUACAAUCUUGGUGAAGAAAUUACUUUUAAACUAAUGAAGAGAGAUCGAGGAUCACUUUUGCCCAUACCUGUUGAAGAAUGUAAUCGAAAACCAAUUACAGGGCUUUUGUCAUUGACAGAAACUGAAAUUGAUAUCACAUAUUCGAAACUUUUGCUUGCUAAACCUGAAGAUGUUCUUUCUAUAAUUAAAAUGGAAAAAUUAGAGCUAGAGUCUCAGUUGGCAGAUAAUGAAGGAUGCCCUGAAGUAUGUUUUAUUGAACAAGCCAUGGAGUUAUUGAAGGAAAGAGAAGCAUUUGUUAAAAAUGCCCUUAAAGAACCUGUUAAUGAAGAAAUACAAAAAAAACAUAUCAUAAAUGAUUUAGUCAAUGACUUUAACUCUUCAAUUUUACUUCACGAUGAUGAAGAUCAUGUUAGAAAGGUUCGCUAUGAAAGCGUAUGCAGUGAUGGAGGAACAGCUAGCGAAGAAGAUUUUCCCAAUGUUGCACCUGAAGAUUUAGAAAUAUCACAUAAUACUGCAACAAAGCCAUUUUAUUUUUAUCAAGCUUCUGAUGGUCAACAUGUUUACUUGCAUGCAUUAAAUGUAAAAAUGCUAGAAAUGCAAUAUGGAUCUCUUGAAAAUUGCCCAUAUCGUAUAAGUGGCAAAAUUUUGGAAAAGGAGGGAGGUUCCAUGACGGAAGGACUAAGAAAACGACUUCGUUAUCUUCAAUAUUUGCCGCUGACUUGUCAAUUUGAAGUAGCAGAGAUUAAUAUAGCACCCUAUGUCUCGGAUGAAGUUUUGUCCAGUUUUAAAGGACAGAUUGAAGCGAGAAUAAAAAGAAGAAACAGAAGAGCUCGUGAAGAAAAAAAAAGAGAACAAAAAAUAAAUGAAGAAGUAAAUAUGAUAUGGGGUAAAAAGCCGACACCAAAAUUAAGGAUAGAAUCACAUCGUCAAUUUCCACUUUGUGGUAGUGGCUCCGAUGAAGUUUUGUCAUAUUUUCCACCAUCUCCGACUGAGUCUAACAUUGUCAGUCGCAGUCAAUCUUUAAAUAGUUUAUCUUCCUCUGUUUCUACAACUUUAGACAACGUUUUUGAGCCAACAACUUCUAAUAUGAUUGGAAUGUCUUCAUCCCUUGAACACACUGGACCAUCCUUUGCUCAAAUGCUUAAACAAGGAUCGAGUCGUAGUUUCACACGUGAUGUUUUGCCACCGGUUAAAAAGGACGAAAGCUAUCAUUCAAAAUUGGAUACGGGAGACAGUGAAAGUGAAUUGGAGGGUUAUGUGCCAGCUCCGAAUUUCAAUCAAAGUUUUAGUGACGCCAUUGCCGUGGCUUUAGAAAAAGCUUCUUAUAAACAGGAUGAAUUAGAUGACGCAUCUAAUAAGAAGAAAAAGAAAAAAAAGCCAAAAGUGUUAUUUGCCACCGGAAUGGCAUGUUCAGCAAAGUAA